CUUGGUGCGUGCGUGCCCGCGGCCUCCUUGCGCCACCUCUGCAUGCCUUGAACCGAUUCGAAGCUCCUUAGCGCGCCCCCAUGAUUCCACCGCGCACCACGACCCCUCAACCUCUCACCCCGCCCCGCCUCGCCCAGCCCCGCUGCGCUCCCCAUCCCAGCCUGGUUGCGUGAUUGAGCAAUUGCAAUGCUGUGUGACUGCACCUCCCCCGCGCGGCCACUAGGGUUUCGAUUCCCAAUCGCAGGCAAGAAGCUCGGGUCAUGGCUGUGAGCGCGUGAAUUGUGAGCGAGGACGGAGAGGUGCGGGAGAGGCAGGAGUUUUAGUGCGCGGGAGAUUGGGUGGGUUUUAACGAAAGUGGGGAGCGAGUGUGGCGACCAGAGGUUUGCGGAGAGAUGGUGAGAGAACCCUAACUUGAGGAGGAGCGGAGGAGGGAGCAGGGAGUGUUGGCUCCGCAAGCUGGGAUGCUUCCAAGGAGGCGAAACGUAAUGCGUGCGAGGUGGGGUUCUUUGGAAUGAGGAGCAGGAGUGAGGUGUGAAUUCUGGUAGUUUAUGGGGAGUCUUUGUUGGGGGGAAGCUGGGAGUUGAUGAUUGGCAGGGUGGAGGUACAGUGGGUUUGUUCGAAGGUGAUGUGUAUUAGAAAGGGGAGGGAGUGAGCGUGGAUCAGAGGAGGAGAGGUAGACAUGGUGAACCCGGCGAGCGUGCCUACGGGGUUGUCCAAAGUGAGGAGGGAGAGGGAAGAGGAGAACGCGGGUGUGGAUGUUCCGAGCAAGAAGAGCAGGAAAGCUGGGCAGAGCGGAGUGCCGGAGCCCACUCCCGAAGCGGGGAAUCAAAUUGCGUCGGGGAAAGGAGAGGAUGAAAACAAUGGAACGUUGGAAGAGAAUGCAGAGGGGGCUCCCCAAGAAAAUGCAGAAAUUAGUCACAAGAGUGACCCAGCUUCCGUGGAACCAUCAGCUAUACCCACAGCCACUCCAGAGGCUGCGACCCGGCCUGAAGCGCCUACUCAAGAGGUGUACAGAAUACCCAGCUAUGCAGCUUGGUUUCGUUGGGACAAGAUUCACCCAUUAGAGAAACGAGCGAUGAGCGAAUUUUUCGAUAAGAGAUCAGCCGCAAAAACACCGAGAAUCUACAAAGAGUACAGGGAUUUCAUAAUAAACAAGUACAGGGAGAAUCCAAAGCAGGCUCUAACGUUCAAUGAAGUGCGGCGCAUGUUGAGUGGUGAUGUGAAUUCUUUGAGUCGAGUGUUUGAAUUUUUGGAACACUGGGGGCUGAUUAACCAACAUUUUUCGUUGGAUCAAGCCGCGUCAGAGGCGCCUUCUCCGUCGCUGAGUGUGAUGGAUUCUUUCCCAAGCAGGCUGAACGUGAUCAGUAUGCCCGUGAUGAAUGCUGCAAGAUCGUCAGGAAUAUCCACAUUUGAAUCAUCAGGUCACUCUAUUAGUGGUACCCAUGCGAACAAUCUUGCUACCCACAGGAACGUUUUCUCGCCCGCAAGUAAGAAAGUGGGAACUCGUUUUGUGGAUGGGCACAAGACACCAGAUGAAGAAUUACGUUGUCAGUCGUGUAAAAAGGAGUGCUCAAAGCAACGGUUCUAUAGGAAACAGCAACCUGGAUCCAAUUUUUGCCCGGAUUGUGUGAAGAAAGGCAAGCUACCACCAGGCAGUUCGUCAAGCGACUUUCUGCAAGCAACAGACGGCGAGGCAACUGUUGCAACUAAAGAGUGGACAAGCAAGGAGACAUUGCUUCUUCUUGAGGCCGUGAGCCGCUUUGGAGAGAACUGGAAUCAGGUUGCUGCGCAUGUGCCCACGAGAUCGAAAUCUGAAUGUGUGAAACAUUUCAUCGAGCUGCCAUUUGGAGACAGCUACAGUGUGGAGCCCGAAGAGCCAAAGGCCACUCGUGUUGCCGGUUCUGGAGCAGCCGAGAAUGAUGAGUUAGUAAUGUCUGAGGGCACGACGGAGGCUGCCUUGAGCGAUAGCACGGCGGCGAACGGGAUAGCUCCACCUGAGAGUACCUGUGAAGCAACACAACAUGCAGAGGGCAAUGUUGUAACUGCUGCACAUGACUUAGUGUCUCCAUUCACUGACACAAGUCAUCCACUUUUUGCUCAGGUAGUAUUGCUUUCAGGAAUGGUAGGGCCACGGGUUGCAGCAGCGGCAGCACAGGCAGCUGUUGCAGCAAUUGCAGAGGAUGAGCCAGGGGUGUUGGAGCUGCCGUUCAUGCAAAGGUCGAGAAUGGUUUCAGGUCAAAAGAAGCAUGCAUCUCAAACUACACAGAAUCAUGCCGAGAGUUUGGUGGAGGAUCGCAAUGAUGAACUGCAGUGCAACGGCGAUGGUCCACCACGAGCAAAGCCAGGUGCAAGCAGUGAGGAGUUGCCAUCUGCUGUUCAAGCACGGGUUGGCGUGGCCACAGCACUGGGCGUGGCUGCUGCAAAUGCAAAGCUGCUAGCUGAUCAGGAGGAGCGGGAGAUUGAGCAUCUGGUUGCCAGCAUCAUCGAUAAUCAGAUGAAGAAGCUGUACACUAAGCUAGAGCAUUUUGAGGAGUUGGAGAUGCUGUUGGAAAAGGAACGUCUGGAGGUUGAGCGAGCACGACAACAGGUAUAUGCGGAUCGUUUACGUUAUGCGGAAGCUCAAACAGCAAGCGCAAAAUCGUUGCUAAGAAACCCUGCGCCCAGUUGACAGCACGUUUUUUUAUGUUGGAAUUCAAUUCGUCUACAAUUGUGAAGAGGUUGAGUCAAUUAGAGAAAGCUACGUGGGUGGUAGCACUUUCCGCUCUUCCCAGUUUUUCAAUUAGUGUAGGUGUGGCCAGCCUGCGCUGGAUCAAAGUUCACUCAGCACUUCGUCCUUAAUUUGUAAGAAUAUUCAAUGUCCAUAAUUUUGACCCUAGUGGCAAGGUUUGCCAAAUGUGGAGACUGCAUUUGAGUGUGACAGUCCCAAUGAAUUAAUGCAUCAUCCACUGUUAACUUGAGCAA